AUGGACAUUGCGCCGGAGAAGAAGGCGUACGCGCUCGAAACCCUGGGUGCCGACCAGUUCCUGCUGAGCCACGAGCUGGAAGCCGCGGCUGGAACCAUGGACGGGAUCCUCGACUGUGUGUCGGCCUUCCACUCAAUCCAGGCUUACCUGAAUCUCUUGAAGCCGCACGGAAAGCUGGUGGUGGUGGGCUUGCCGGAGAAGCCACUGCAGCUGCCGAUGUUUGCUCUGGCGACGGAGAGGAAAAUGAUUGGCGGAAGCAUGAUCGGUGGGAUUAAGGAGACGCAGGAGAUGAUCGACUUUGCGGCUAAGCACAAUAUAUUGCCGGAUGUUGAGAUUAUUUCAAUGGAUUACAUAAAUACGGCUAUGGAGCGCCUUGCCAGAGCUGAUGUCAAAUACAGAUUCGUCAUUGAUGUGGCGAAUUCACUUAAAGCUUAG